AUGGCACCGGCGCCAGAAGGUUCAGGCGGAGACCAAGCUGCCGCGGUGAAGGCUCCUGUCCAACAUGUGAUGUCGUCUGACAUGGAUAUGACCCGACACGACUUCAAAGUGAAGAUCUGUGGCGGCUACGAGGCCCAAAACACCACCAUCAGCUUGGGUUCAGGCAUUGCAGUUCAAAGUCGUGAUGGUCCAACUCAUCCCAGAGAAACCACCAAGAGUCAACCAGUGACCUUUGAUGGUGGCCAUCGUUAUGUGGUGCAUGCACCCCGGCCCUGCAGCAUUGUCGAUCGCUGUUGCCCGGAGCUCAAUGUGCCCAAUGUCUUGGUCAGUGUCUAUGACAAAGAUGAACAGCUCGUCGGGCAGCUUGCAGGCUUGGAUUGUGGUGACUAUGUUUGUUGUGAGGACAAGGACAUUGCCUUGAAGAAGGUCUUGGAUGGCGAUGGAAAGCAACUCUUUGCCAUCCGAAGGGCCAGCACUUGCAUCGACAUGUGCCACUGUUUCGGUCGUGGCUGUCCCUUCGCCGCACGCUGCUUCGGGUGCUUUCCGAAGAUUUUGCUUCAAUGUCCACACGCCUGCAUUCCAAGACGCAUCGGAGAAAGUUGCAGUUGUGUGUGCAACACCAUCGGCAUCCGAAAUUGCUGCAUUCCUGAAGAUGACGGGUGGAGGACUUGUUGCCCUGGCCUCGCCAUGCAAUGCCAGAUGUGGUACGGUAUUUUCUGCUGCUGCUGCUCAAGUACAUGCCCCUUUGAAGUUUGCAUGGGCCCGUGCAUUCAGUUUUGUGAGUGUGAUAGGUGCUGUCAGUGCGAACUUCCUACGUGCACCUGGUGCAAAGUCUGUGCUUGCGAGUGGCCUGGCCAAUGCCUGAAAUGCAACUGUUUGUACCCUGAAGUGCCGUGCCUCGACGGUUGCUGCAUGAACUGGAAGUUUGACAUGGGACCUGGAAUAUGGCAAACACCCGUCGACCAGCCAGCAGCCGACAAAGCCAGAGUGAGCGGGGUGGUGAAACGGCACCAGCCCACUUUUAUGCAUGGCAUCGACUCCGUGAGUGUGGACUUUCUGAAGGAUGUGACGACGGCAGAGAGGCUCGCUUUCUCCUCCGUGAUGUAUUGGGAGAGCAUGAACCAAACUCCUUUCCUGACAGGAGGUAUGACACUCUCACGUUGGGAGACAUUCAAUCCUUUCUUGGACGAGAAGAUUCCUUACAAAUUUGAAGCUGGGGAUCUUGGGACGAAUCAGCCUGUUGAUCUACCCGCAGCGCCCUGGAUCUCAGCGUCCGAUCUCUGCGUGUCGCCAGCGAACCGCUGCGCGGGACGUCCGGCGCGGGACCUCUGCACGGUUAUGGGGGAAGUGACGAUGCGGUGGCAGCGCAAGGCCUUCACCUUCCGCGACGAGACCUUUCAGGUAGAGCACUUUGAUGUGGCGGAAGCAGAGUCUUCAUCUUCCGGUGAUGAUGAGGAGUCUCUCCAAGCUCGGCUUCAGCGACGUAAACGGGAAGCUCAACUGCAGCGCUGUGAAGCAGAGCUUGGCGCUUGCCUUUGGAUUGACACGAACCGCGCCGCUCUGCGGCUCUUGGAGGAGUGGCGCUCCAGUUACCGCGGCCUCCGCACGUUGGAGCUGGGUGCCGGCGCCGGCGCGUGCGGGAUUGCUUUGGCCUAUGAUGGCGCCACGUCCACGGUCUCUGAUGUAGAGGCGCUUCUGCCUCUUCUACAGCGCAAUCUGGAGCUGAACGAGCUUCACACGGCCGAGGCCACCGGAGUGGUCCCGCAAGAGGUCGAGGGCAUCGUGCCCACGUCGAAGAGGAAGUCCAAAGAAAAAACUGGAAGUUCACGCCGGCGGAACAAGCCCACGAGGUCCACAAUGAAAGGCAGCUGCCAGGCGGUGGCCGUGGAGUGGGAGAAGGAGGCUUUGCAUCCGACCUUGCCAGAGAAAGCCUUUGACCUCAUUGUGGUUUGUGAUUGCUUGUACGAAAAUCGUGACAGCCACUUGGCUGCCGCAUCAGAUCAGCCAGCUCAGCUGGGCAGCGCUUCAGCUGCUCCUGGAGCGGCUCCCGGCGGAGGCCAGCGGCGAGCCGAGCGGCGAGCCGGCGGUGCUGUUGGCCUCGGCGGCGCUGCGGAAGCCCUUCCUGGAAGCCUUUGUAGCGCAGCUCGCCAAGGCUGGCUUCACUUUGCUGCAGAAGCAAGAAGGAGGCCACCUGGGAGAAGUUUGCACCGCCAUCCUGCAACCUCCGAAGAAGAUCCGAACCGAUGCAUCGUCCGAGCUGGCGGUCGAGGCGCAUUGAUGCAUCGAGGUAUGGUGAUGCUUCGCAGUGCAGCUCUUUCUGGCUGAAGUGGUGCUUUUGGAUGACCACAUUUUAUGACGAGAAGCAUCAAGUCUCGCUGCGCAGAACCCAAGCAGCGCAGUUGAGAAGCUGAAGAAGCUGAAACUUCUUGCACUCAGAAGCGGCUAUGGCGCCGAUUCAUUUCCCCGCCUCAGCAGGGCCGAAGAAAGGACGACGGCCGAAACAGGGCCAAUCCAGCGAGCAGCUUGACAGCGCAGCAUUGGUGGUGCAGCAUAUUGGUGAGUGCAUUGCGCCAAGUCUGUGAACAUCAAGGUGAACGGAAGAUUCAUGAGCAUUAUGGAAAAUGGAGCCUCUUCAAGGAGGAAGCAGCUCAAGUUCCAUUUGUGAGUGGCAGAUGUUGCAGGUAUCAGCAGCUGACAUCGGAGUCAUGCUGAGACCGCAUCGCAGCAAGGUAUACAUCUUUGCACACAUUACAUUUGAGGCUAUCCGACCCUCUGCAAG